AUGGCCCCUGUUUGGUCAUGGGUGGGCGCCUUCCUGGCAACCCUGCCGGUGGCUCUGGCAGGACAUGGCGACCCUAUUGCCCAAAAAUACAUAGUCGAGUUUGCUGAUUCCAAGAUUUCCCCAGCCAGCUUCCUCUCCACACUGAAUGCCCACGGCAUUCCCGCCAGUCUCAACCAUGACUUGUCCUUUGCUCUCUUCCAUGGCGGAUCUUUCACUUUGCUCGACGACCAGAGCGAGGCUGCCAUUGUCAAGCAGAUCUCCUCGUGGCCUGUGGUCAAGAAGGUCUCCCCAGUCCGGGAGCUGCACCACUCCAAACGCGACGCUACGAGCAUUGCCCAUGGCGCACCCGCCCGCCGUAGUCCUCCCACUCAUGGUAUUCGACGCCGUAACACAGCAGGUCACGAAGGCAAUGAUUACCCUCACAUCAUGACCGGAGUUGACAAGUUGCGCCAGCAGGGCUACCUAGGAACAGGUAUUCGCGUAGCGGUUGUUGACUCCGGCGUUGACUACAAACAUCCCGCGCUUGGAGGCUGCUUUGGCAAGGGCUGCUUGGUUGAGUUCGGUUUCAACUUCCUUGACAACACUACUGACCCGUGGGAAGGCCACAGUGGACAUGGUACUCAUGUCUCUGGACUGAUUGCUGCUCAGCCUAACCCCUACAACUUCACCGGCGUGGCCCCGAAUGUGACCCUGGGUCACUACAAGGUCCUUGGGACGCCUUCAGUACACACCGGUACCGACAUUGUCGCUGCCGCUUUCAAGAUGGCCUACGAGGACAAAGCAGACAUCAUCUCGGCAUCGUUCGGCACGUACAAGGGCUGGAGUGACGAACCGUGGGGACAACUGAUCCAGAAAUUGGCCGAGGCUGGUCUUCCCUCCUUCAUUGCAAGUGGCAAUGAAGGAAGUUUAGGUCUGUUCCUGGCCUCGAAUGGUAUCGACAACUCCGCCGGCAUCGGCAUUGGAUCCUUCAACAACUUGUAUAGUCCCCUGCUACUGACUGGAGCCUCAUAUUCCACCCGAAACACCACCAAGGAAUUUGGUUGGCAGCUCGCGGGUACAUCCGACUUCAAGAAUGGCACCUACUCUCUCUACCCGAGCAGCCUGAAUGCAUCCGUCGUGGGUGAUUCUUGCGAGCCGUGGACGGCAGGCCACCCCGAUGUCUCCGACAAGAUCGUGCUCAUCCGCUAUGGUGGCUGCAAAGGCAGUCAGCAGCAGGCCAACGCGGUGAAGGCCGGUGCUAAGAACAUCCUGUUUUAUAACAAUGCACCAGGCACCUAUGAGCUCCCCGUUCAGGACCCUGGUUUGGUAGGCCUGGGAAUGGUCUCUUCUCAGACUGGCGCGAACUGGGUGAAACUGGUCGCAUCUGGAGCCAACGUCACCCUGCACAUGACCAGCGAAAAGAACUCCAAGACUUUCUUUACCAAUGAGGAAAACCCUCAAUCUGGUGGCCAAGUUAGUGAUUUCAGUCAGUGGGGGCCCAGCAACGAGCUCCUCCCUGUGACAGCAGUCUCAGGGGUCGGUGGGUUCAUGCUGUCGACAUGGCCGGUCCUUGAGGGCAGCUACGCCAUCGACACUGGUACCUCGAUGGCGACCCCCUACGUUGCUGGCUGUAUUGCUCUCUUGAUGGAGGCUCGCGGCAAGGGCAAAGUGACUCCUGCUGAGAUCAAGUCUCUGUUGUCGACCACUGCCACCCCAAAUGUGUUCCACGAUGGCGUUACAGCCUCGCCUUUCCUGGCCUCCGUAGCGCAGCAGGGAGGUGGUCUUAUCGAUGCCUACCAGCUUGUGCACACCACCACCAAGUUCAAUGUAAGCACUGUCGCCUUCAAUGACACCGAGCAUAUCGCCCCGGCAUAUAUCCGCAUCAACAACACCGCCUCCGAGUCGCGUGUCUACACUGUCAGCCAUGUGGGCGCCGCUACUGUCUACGCAUUGUCCGACAACAGUUCCAUCCCCCAAGUAAACAAGCUCGGCAAUUUCGUGGACCGCACAACCGAGGGUGCCUCGCUGAAGUUCAGCUCAUCCAGCGUGCGCGUGGCCGCCGGUGGGUCUGCUGUGUUAAAGGUCACUGCCACCCCGCCCAAGGGUCUCAUCGCCCGUCGCAUCCCGGUCUACAGCGGAUUCAUCACGUUCAACGGGACCACAACGAAUGAUUCUUUCUCAGUUCCAUACCUGGGUGUUGCCACCGCUAUGCGCAACGUGACGAUCCUAGAUACCACGCAAGGUAGCAAUUCUCUCAUCGACAGCAGCACCCAACAAGCCGUCCAGGCCAACCACCAGUUCGUCGUGCCGGGCGAGAACGACUCGAUAGACCGCGCGAACACCAGCUACCCCAUCUUCCAGACCCAGCUUUCCAUGGGAACGGAUCUGCUCCUCGUCGGCGUCAAGCCCGCCAACAGCCACGCUAUCCUCCCAGUGUAUGCUCCCCAGACAGCCCUCCCCCGGAGUGUUGAUGGCGUGACUGGCCCAAGCCCCACAUCAUGGACAGGCGAAUUGGCAAACGGAUCGUAUGUUCCGGCCGGAAAUUACUCUUUAGUUGUGCGUGCGCUGAGGAUCUUUGGCAACCGCACUAACCCGAGUGAUUAUCAAACCGUGCGGUCGGUCAACUUUGGGAUCACAUAUGCUCCCCCAGCCGACAAUUAG